AACGUUUUAUUUUCGCUCUACCAGGAUUUAGUGUUGUUGUUGCUGUCACUGAAUGUCUCUUGGAAUGUGAAAAUCAUGUCGGUGUGUUGUGUUUUUGUGUGCACUAAUAACUAUCAUAACAAUCGAAAUGUGCAUUAUUAUCGGUUUCCUUUUUAUAAAGAACGAGACAGACAUGAAAGAAAAGUUGCCUCGCUGCAACAGAGAAUGGCAUGGAUUAGGGCAUUGAAAGGCUACGGCGCUGUAACAAUAGAAAACGUUCACGGAAAACGAAUUUGUUCGGCACAUUUUGUUUCUGGUAAAAAGGCGGAUUGCAUGGAAAGUGCAAGUCAGUCUUGGGCUCCGACCAUUGGACUCUCUGAUUAUGAAACGAACAGUAAUGAGACAGUAAAUCAUAGCACUGACAAGACUGAUACAAUUCCCAAGUUAAGUCAAUCAAAAUCCAGAAAAUCGAAUGCUCGAACUCCGAUUGAAAGAGAAACCAUUGAAAUUCAAGAAAUUAUUUCGUCGAUGGAGAAAUGUGACGAAGUGAUGACACAAAUUAACGAAGAGACUGCGGUGUACAUUAAUAAGCUGCGCAAAGUCAUUUUGGCACAAGCUCGACAAAUUGAAGAAUUAAAGACCAAACUGCAAGAACAAGGUUGAUCGUCUCGUGGGACCAAGCGAGACGAAAACAUCUCAAGAAAACAUUUUCGGUGGUUAGGUUUUCGUGCAUUCUCUGAUUGACUGUGGUGUCCAUUUGUGAAACAAUUUUAACCCUUGACUUACAUGCCAUUGGAAUCACGAUUAUCCGAAUAUCUCAUAAGACUAUACAAUCAUCGAAUAAGAAGUACUAGAUUUGAGGCAUUUGUAGCAUCAGCUACAUUCGUUACCAAAAACAUUGGAAACAAUGCCAUUCUGUGAGCAAAGCAACAAUUGUCCGUUAAUGUAAAAUGGAAGUGUAUCUAUGUAGGACCGAAUAAACGAUUCAACCAUCGA